AUGGCUGAGUUGAACGGUACGAUGCAAGAGCACGGGACGGACAACAAUGGCGAUCGCUCUGCAGAGGUGGUUCGGUGGGAGACGUUUCUGCCGCGGAUGGUGCUCAGAGUCCUGCUUGUAGAAGCUGAUCAUUCUACUCGACAAAUCAUUGCUGCGCUUCUUCGCAAAUGCAGUUACACCGUUAUCGCGGUUCCGGAUGGAUUAAAGGCAUGGGAAUUGUUGAAGAAGAAGGCUUCAGAGCUAGAUCUCAUAAUAACUGAAGUGGAUCUCCCAGCAAUAUCUGGAUUUGCACUUCUUUCUUUAAUCAUGGAGCAUGAAAUUUGUAAAAACAUUCCUGUCAUAAUGAUGUCUUCUCAUGAUUCAGUAAGCAUGGUGUUGAAAUGCAUGCUAAAAGGGGCAGUUGAUUUUCUUAUAAAACCUAUUCGGAAGAAUGAACUUGGGAACUUGUGGCAGCAUGUGUGGAGAAGGCACGCAAAUAGCACUCCUACUCAAAAUACAACAUUCUCGCCAAAAAACCUUACAACUGCCUCUGAGGACAACUCUGCAAGCAAUAAAUCUAGUGGUUCGGUGGCUUCCUCUCAGAAAAACAACGAAUGGAGUGAAAGAUUAAGUGAGGCUCAAGAUGUACCACUGUCGAAAAGCUCUAAACAGAAGAAAAUUGAUUUGGUGAAGCAUGAAAAAUUUGCCAGAUUUGAUAGUGAAUCAGCUGAGAUUAAUAAUGAAACAAGAGAUAAAUCAAUUACAACUGUAUCAGAUGCUGCAAGGUGCAACAAAACUUUUGAACCGACAGAUUUAAGGCUAGAAGAACAAGGGAAUGGCUCUUCUGAUACUGAAAUUGAGAUUGAAAUCUUAAAAUCUGACUUAGGCAUUGGUUAUUCUAUUAUUAGCACUGAGUUGCAUGGAUGCAGUGAUGAGCGGGUGGAACCUUCUAAAGGAGCUAUUGACUUGAUUGCCACAUUUGGAAAUCUUCCAAAGUUCCCUAAUGAAAACUGUAGUCUUGAUGGUACAACCAAGUUUGACUGUGUUACGGAAUUGGAACUUUCUUUAAGAAGUGAGUUUCCUGGAAGCUCAGGUAAACAAACAAGUGAAGCAACAGAGGAAUCUCAAAGAUUGAACCAUUCAAACACUUCUGCAUUUUCUUGGUAUAGUAAUAGUAAAUUGUUGCACCCUCUUUUCCGAACACCAUCAAUUACAUCCGCUGAAGUAAACAACCCCAGUUGGGAUUCUCUUGAAUCCCAUAAACUGUCUCGAACUACUUCUGGAAAUUGUUGUCAGUAUGGUGGCUCAAAUCAAAACCUAGAGAAUAUGAUCAGUACAGUCAUUGAUCAGUAUGGACAAGUUAAACCAGAAGUAUCAAACAGUCAACUUGGAAUCUUACCUGUUUCAGGGGUUAUUUCAGAUCUUAAGUCCAACGUACAUGGUAAUGUUUUCACUUCUGUGUUCUACGCACCAUCUGGUACUCACCCUGUGUGGAGUCCGAAGCCAGCCUUCCAGAACGAGAGUUCUCCCUUUCCCACAAGUACCUCUUCCCAGUCCAAUCCUGAAAGUCACAACUCUGACCAUGACUGUUCCAAUGAUGCUACGUGUCUUAAUCAAAAUGUAAAGGAAGACACUGAUUUGGAUCACGCAAGGCAUGAUUCUCCUGCUGCUGAUCACAGUGCUGGUAAUAGUAUAUGCCAUGAUGCUGCAAAUCAUAUCAAUAAUAGUGCAUAUGGAAGCAUGGACAGUGGAAAUGAUGGGAAUGCUACUUCAGCUAUAGGAUCCAAGAACAACCCAGAAGGUUUCAGUGACAAUGUUUAUCAUAAUUAUGAUGGAUUUAGAGCGAUAGAUUCUCAUCGCUCCAGUCAAAGAGAAGCAGCUCUAAACAAGUUUAGACUGAAACGGAAAGAGAGAUGCUUCGAGAAAAAGGUCCGAUAUCAAAGCCGGAAAAGACUGGCAGAGCAGAGGCCUCGGGUCAAAGGGCAGUUUGUACGCCAAGUACACAAUGAUCAGCCAGUCGCUGAGGCUGGUGGUGAUUCAUGA